AUGGAGGAGCAUAAAUUUAAGACAAAGAUCUCUUUAUCGUUUAACUUCAUACCUCCACGCGUUCCUGAGAAAAAGGGUCUUGACAGGCGGACGGACGGACGGACAGACGGACAACAAAGUGAUCCUAUAAGGGUUCCGUUUUUCCUUUUGAGGUACGGAACCCUAAAAAUUAGCAAAUUGUUAGCAUUGCUGUUCUUGCUCGAUAACAAAAGGCUCACCGAAGUGACUGGUGACCAAAAGGCUGGCAGCUAUCUUGGUCAACGAAUCAACCUUGCCAUCCAACGUGGUGCAAAAACAGUGCAGAGUAUCAAGAUCACAGCCACAAUAUUCAUCCUACACUUUGUAACCACACAAUCGGCGAAAACCAACGCCAGACCUGUACAUGAAAUAAUAAACGAACAAGCCAGAAUCGACGAUAAAACGAGACUCAACAAUGCACCUGGGGGACUCCCUUACGGCAACCCAUUAGCUGGCAACUCCCAACAAAACGCCAGACUUCACGCGCAAAACCAGCAGGCUAUGUUCAACGCUGAAAGAAUAAGGCAGCAUCGUGCUCAGCUUCAGAGAUGGACCAAAGCUCCUCUGCCUGUAGACAGCUACAUGAAAGCUUAUCAUGAAUCUCAAGAAAGCCACCAAUUAGCUGCAGAACAGCAACAAGCCAGUAUGAGAGAUAAAAAGAGAGAAAAAGCCCCAGCCCCGACAACAAAACCACCGAAGACGAGAAUAAGGCAAGGCACUUUGAAAAGAGGACUCAGGAUCAUCCCUGAAGUAAUAAAAGAGGGAGACAUCAAAGAUAAGAACAGAAACCAUAGAUCACACGGCUCUGUAGACUAUCGUCAAUAUUUAGAACCUAAAAUGUACAAAACUGUUUACGUUUCACCGGCGCCUACGUACGAUCAAGGUGUUACUAUCAAGCCGAAUGGAAACAUAGGAUUGGCGUCACUUAAGCCUUCUGAAGAGGAUACAAAAUUAUUCACAGCAGCUAUACCUAGUAAAACGAGAUACGUCUACCCCAAACAAUACAGUCAGAUGCAAAACUACGAAUCAGCUAGAGAUAUAGAAGCUUUGAACGCUUUGUUGAAGAAAACACCUCAAGUACAAGUAUCAGAGUUGAAUGCUUUAGUUAAUCCUGAAAGCACAGAAAGCAAAGAUAUUUUGGAGACCCCAAUUGACUUGUACUUCUAUAUGAAAGACCCACCUGUGCAGAACUUAGCUAGUCAUUACGAUCAAACUUAUGCUCAAAUACCCCCAACUUACGCUAGUGCUUAUAUGCCAACUGCAGUUAAAGACUACACACCAAUAACGGAAGAGGUCGAUGACAUAGAGAAUCCAAACAAGGAGCCUAAAGUGAAACCUUUUGGUUUACAAUCUAUUUUAGCUACGCAAGUACCUGACACUGAAACGACUACAACGAAAAGCAAUAAUUACUACAAAGUUGAAGUAGCUAGUCAAACUGUAAGCACAGGCUUCAAGCCUAGUGAAGUAAAUCACCAUCUAAAUGAUAUCAGAAACUACCAAACCCAAGCACAGCCCUUGAUCCAUUACUUGAAGAACACUGCUCAAGAAGAAGAUUUAAGCGAAAGAUAUCUCCAUCAUAAUGCAAAUCAUCAGGGCAUCCAACAUCUCUCUGAAGACGGUACCGAAACACCAGCAUACGGUGACGAAAAUGUAAGUAUAAAUAAUGAAAUUGAACCAAUAACACGAGAUAAAAGGGCUAUAAAACCACCUUUAAAUCCAUUACCUGUUCCGAUAACAGAAAAUCCUCUUGUAACAGCAAGAAACGAUACCCCUAAAGCCGAAUCACUUAUCCGCAUUAACCCCUUAAUAAUCAACAAACACAAAAAGGAAAUAGAAACUUUUUUAACCACUCCCAAUUUUCCUGUCGGUGUAGCCGUUGAUUAUGACGACGAUUACGAAAUCAAUGUUCCUAAUCCCAUUCCGAAUCAUAGGAAUAGAUUAAAUCGCGGUCAGUAUGAUGUUUCUUUUGACGAAGCCGAAUAUAAUGAUUAUGACGAUGAUUUUACUGCACCAGAAUACGAAUACGCUGUACCAAAUAUCAAACAGCCUUCUCUUUUCAGAGAUGGGCAAAGGCAAAAUUACGCGCCAUCUCUGAGUUAUAAUCAAAAUGUAGAUUUGACCGGUAGUUUUUCGAACAAGUACAGGAACUUCAAGCGUUAUCCCAGUCCAACGAAUAGAGAUUUGUAUAAUCCUCAAGUUUAUGGUUAUGGUUAUAAUAAUAAUUUUCAACCACCAUCGACUUCUUAUGGGGUACCAGAUGUUUACAGCCCGCGCGGUGUAAGUGUUAACCAACAUUACGGUUUGCCUCAAAGGUAUGGAGUUCCUAAUGUCAUAGAACCUGUUUACAUGCUAACAGAGACUCAAUUGAAAAGUAUUGUAGGCCAUCACAAUUUGAACAUUCAACAUUUGGAUGUCUACCAGCAAUAUCCACAUCGACAACUCCACUAUGCGGCAAAUUACGAAUUCGGAUACAGAGUGCGAGACCUUAAAAGUGGCAACGACUUCGGCCACCACGAAGCCAAGAGCGGUGAGAGCACCAAUGGCCACUACCACGUCCGAUUGCCUGAUGGUAGAAUGCAGAAGGUUCGCUACUCAGCAGGCCCAGAAGGAUUCCACGCUGACAUUUCCUACGAUCAUCUGAAGUGAAAAUUCUUGGCUGUAUAAAACGUGUUUCAAUGUAUGCGUUGAAAAAAAGUGACUAUUUAUUGAGGAUUGAGGACUACAAAAAAGUGACAGAGGCUGAAAUGUUGCGCCUCGAUUUAACUUUACCAUCGUGUUUGCGUUUACGUCAAAAUUAGUAUGGGAAAAUUUAUAGCGCCGUCUACCGUACGUACCUAAAUAAAGUUAUUUUCCUCAUACUAAUUUAAAGUAAAUUCGCGACGCAACCCACACUCCGGCCUGUGAUUUAUCUCUUAAUAUAGUAGUACCUACUUCAAUUCAGUUCAAUAUUUAUUUUAUUUAUAAUAAGGACAAAUAAAACAAAAACAGGCGACAAAGAUUUAUUAUUCUAGCAAAUAAUACAUAAACAAAAGAUAGGUACAGAAAAACAAAGUUAUUUAAAAGUAUUUACACAGACCUCUCAU